AUGAAUAUCACGCUUUCUACAGAAAAUAUCUGGUUAGAUACAGAGGAACAUUCUUCAUCACAUUGUUGUGAAAAUGGCUCCGAUGUUGUGAGCCCUCUACAUAAAACGAUGAAAAAUAUUAGAGUUACUUCGCUCUGUGUUCUCGUCAUUCUGGGGGUUCUCGGGAAUAGCUUGAUGCUGGGUUGGCUGUGGACACAUCGUAAACGAAGAGUUCGUAUCGUCCAACUAUUUGGUCAUCUUGCAAUAGCAGAUGUUCUGGUGACUCUGUCUGGAACUCUUCCACUUCUGAUUUUGGAAUACAUGGGUCCAGGAUGGCCUGCGGGAGAAGCCUUCUGCAAAAUCUUUAACUUUCUUCUGGGAUUUGGUUCUUGUGCAAGUAAUUAUAUGAUGGUGCCUAUUGCAUUCGAUCGGUUUAGAGCUGUGAAACGGCCGUUAGCACUUCGACUGAAGGUAGAUAUUAAUUUAAUUAAUCAUUCCUUACACCAAAUAAAUAGAAAUCUCGUACGAGAGUAUAUUUUAUGCAAUAACCAUAGUUCAGAGCUUAUUCAUUUGCUUAAUGUAAUGCAAUUUUUACGAUAUCCUUUAGAAUUAUAG